AUCCGCCCGCUGUACUUCUGAGGCGCAGCGGCUGGAAAUCAGCGCUUUACACGGUGAACUUUUACUGGAAAUAUAUCGUAGAAACGACGCGGGAUAGGAAGUGUCUCGGAACAGACGUGUAACUCGGACAUAUUCUCUGUAAAUGGAUGUUUAACCCACCGGAACCGACUGAUUCAUUCCUGGGAAAAAGUUAAAGAAUCAUGACGACCUCAGUGUCUUUGGAGGAUGCUCUGUCCAACGUGGACCUGCUGGAGGAGCUUCCCCUUCCUGACCAGCAGCCAUGCAUCGAACCGCUGCCCUCCUCCAUCAUGUACCAGCCCAACUUCAACACCAACUUUGAAGAUCGCAACGCAUUUGUGACUGGCAUCGCCCGCUACAUCGAACAAGCUACAGUUCACUCCAACAUGAAUGAGAUGUUGGAGGAAGGGCAGGAGUAUGCUGUGAUGCUCUACACAUGGAGAAGCUGCUCCAGAGCUAUCCCUCAGGUGAAAUGCAAUGAGCAGCCCAACAGAGUGGAGAUCUAUGAGAAGACGGUCGAGGUGCUGGAGCCGGAAGUCACUAAGCUGAUGAACUUCAUGUACUUUCAGCGUACUGCCAUCGAUCGUUUCUGUGGCGAGGUGCGUCGUCUGUGUCACGCAGAGCGCAGGAAGGACUUUGUGUCCGAGGCUUACCUGUUCACACUGGGCAAGUUCAUCAACAUGUUCGCUGUGCUGGAUGAACUGAAGAACAUGAAGUGCAGCGUCAAAAAUGACCACUCGGCCUACAAACGAGCCGCCCAGUUCCUGAGGAAAAUGUCAGAGCCUGCUUCUAUUCAGGAGUCACAGAACUUAUCUAUGUUCCUGGCCAAUCACAACAAGAUCACUCAGUCCCUACAGCAGCAGCUAGAGGUGAUUAAUGGUUAUGACGAACUGCUGGCUGAUAUUGUUAACCUCUGCGUGGACUACUAUGAAAACAAGAUGUACCUCACACCCAGUGAGAAACACAUGCUGCUGAAAGUGAUGGGAUUUGGUCUGUAUUUAAUGGAUGGAAACAGCAGCAAUAUCUACAAACUGGAUGCUAAGAAGAGAAUCAAUCUCACAAAAAUUGACAAGUUUUUCAAGCAACUGCAGGUUGUGCCGCUCUUUGGAGACAUGCAGAUCGAGCUGUCCCGCUACAUUAAAACCAGCGCUCAUUUCGAAGAAAACAAAUCCAGGUGGUCUUGCACAUCUGCAGGCAGUAGUCCACAGUAUAAUAUCUGUGAGCAGAUGAUUCAGAUCCGGGACGACCACAUGCGUUUCAUCUCCGAGUUGGCCCGCUACAGCAACAGUGAGGUGGUGACUGGUUCUGGACGCCAGGAGGCUCAGAAGUCCGACUCCGAGUACAGGAAGCUGUGUGACCUGGCAUUGCAGGGCCUGCAGCUACUCUCUCAGUGGAGUGUUCAAGUCAUGGAAGUGUAUUCCUGGAAAUUGGUCCAUCCAACUGACAAAUACUCGAACAAGGAAUUCCCAGACAAUGCCGAGGAGUACGAGCGUGCCACUAGAUACAACUACACCAGUGAGGAGAAGUUUGCCCUGGUAGAGGUAAUUGCCAUGAUAAAGGGAUUACAAGUGCUAAUGGGACGUAUGGAGAGUGUGUUCAACCAUGCCAUCAGACACACCAUCUACGCCGCCCUGCAGGACUUUGCCCAGGUCACACUGCGUGACCCGCUUCGUCAAGCCAUCAAAAAAAAGAAGAAUGUUAUACAGAGUGUCCUGCAAGCUAUCCGUAAAACCAUUUGUGACUGGGAGACGGGAAGAGAGCCUCAUAAUGAUCCAGCUCUGCGUGGAGAGAAGGAUCCCAAAGGAGGAUUUGACAUCAAAGUGCCUCGUCGUGCUGUGGGUCCCUCUAGCACUCAGCUCUACAUGGUGAGAACAAUGUUGGAGUCUCUCGUAGCUGAUAAGAGCGGCUCCAAGAAGACUUUGCGCAGUAGCCUGGAAGGCCCCACCAUCAUGGACAUUGAGAGGUUCUUUCGUGAAUCAUUCUUCUAUACUCACCUGCUUAAUUUUAGUGAGACACUGCAGCAAUGUUGUGACCUGUCCCAGCUGUGGUUCAGGGAGUUUUUCCUGGAGUUGACCAUGGGCCGUCGUAUCCAGUUCCCUAUUGAUAUGUCCAUGCCGUGGAUCUUGACGGAUCACAUACUGGAGACUAAGGAGGCCUCAAUGAUGGAGUAUGUGCUGUAUUCUCUGGAUUUAUACAAUGACAGUGCGCACUACGCUCUCACCAAGUUCAAGAAGCAGUUUCUUUAUGAUGAGAUUGAGGCUGAGGUUAACCUGUGCUUUGACCAGUUUGUCUACAAGCUUGCAGACCAAAUCUUUGCCUACUACAAGAUCCAGGCAGGAAGUUUGCUAUUGGAUAAGAGACUUCGGGCAGAAUGUAAGAACCAGGGUGCGCUCAUUCAGUUGCCUUCCACAAAUCGCUAUGAGACACUUCUGAAGCAAAGACAUGUUCAGCUUUUGGGUCGUUCCAUUGACCUAAACCGUCUAAUUACCCAGCGAGUCUCUGCUGCCCUCUACAAGUCCCUUGAGUUGGCCAUUAACCGCUUUGAGAGCGAGGACCUCACUUCCAUAGUGGAGUUGGAGGGCUUGUUGGAGAUCAAUCGAUUGACCCACAAACUCCUCAGUAGAUUUCUGACUCUGGACAGCAUGGAUGCCAUGUUCCGUGAGGCCAACCACAAUGUAUCGGCUCCAUAUGGCAGGAUCACGCUGCAUGUGUUCUGGGAACUCAACUAUGACUUCCUGCCAAACUACUGCUACAACAGCUCCACCAACAGGUUUGUUCGUACUGUGCUGCCCUUUUCUCAGGCGUUCCAGCGAGACAAGCCACCAAAUGCCCAACCUCAGUACCUUUAUGGCUCAAAGUCCUUGAACUUGGCGUACAGUAGUAUAUAUGGCUUCUACCGAAACUUCGUGGGUCCACCUCAUAUCAGAGCUGUGUGCAGACUGCUGGGGUACCAGGGCACUGCUGUAGUGAUGGAGGAGUUGCUCAAGGUCGUCAAAAGCCUGCUUCAGGGCACUAUUCUGCAGUAUGUGAGAACUCUAAUGGAGGUGAUGCCCAAGAUCUGCCGUCUGCCACGCCAUGAAUACGGCUCUCCAGGCAUCCUGGAGUUUUUCCACCACCAGCUGAAGGACAUCGUGGAGUAUGCUGAGCUAAAGACUGUGUGCUUCCAGAACCUGAGGGAGGUGGGCAACGCUGUGCUCUUCUGCCUGCUGAGUGAGCAGAGCCUGUCUCAGGAAGAAGUGUGUGACCUGUUGCAUGCUGCACCUUUCCAAAACAUUCUCCCCAGGGUUCAUGUGAAAGAGGGUGAGCGGCUGGAUGCUAAGAUGAAACGGCUGGAGGCCAAGUACACUGCUCUGCACAUGGUGCCUUUAAUCGAGCGUCUGGGAACACCACAGCAAAUUGCCAUCGCUCGUGAGGGCGACCUACUGACCAAAGAGAGGCUGUGCUGUGGACUGUCCAUGUUCGAAGUGAUCCUCUCCCGCAUCCGUGGUUUCCUGGACGACCCGAUCUGGCGUGGCCCGUUACCAAGCAACGGUGUGAUGCAUGUGGACGAGUGCGUGGAGUUUCACAGACUGUGGAGCGCCAUGCAGUUCGUGUACUGCAUCCCUGUCGGAGCACACGAGUUUACUGUGGAGCAGUGUUUCGGAGAUGGGCUAAACUGGGCAGGCUGCAUGAUCAUCACUUUACUGGGUCAGCAGAGACGCUAUGACAUACUGGACUUCAGUUACCACCUGCUCAAGGUGCAGAAACAUGAUGGCAAGGACGAGAUCAUAAAAAGUGUGCCCUUGAAGAAGAUGGUUGAUCGUAUUCGUAAGUACCAGAUUCUGAACGACGAGAUCUUUGCCAUCCUCAACAAGUACAUGAAAUCUGGGGACGGCGAGAACAUGCCUGUGGAACACGUCCGAUGCUUUCAGCCGCCCAUCCACCAAUCACUGGCGAGCAACUGAGUUUAUGUCACAGGUUGAACCAUUACCAGAUUAAAUUACAUGAUAGUGUUUGUAACACAGCAACACCAGCAAAUCCGAUUUAACAGGCCAGGUUUCAAUUCUUAGGACCACAUACUCUAUUGCAUUGUUUACAGGGCUUCCUAACUACAACCCUGGGUGUUUAUAGAGCCAGUAAAUCUAUUAGUCAGAACUCAACCAACCUGCUUCUGAAGCAUGUACUGACUGUGACAUUUUAUUAAGACAAACCUAAAAUAAUUCCUGUAUUAAGUGGACCGAACGUGUUGCAGUUUUUAACACUGUUUUUCUGUUUGAUUUUUUUUCUUACACACAAUGUGCCUUAUUCAAAUUAAUUUCUUUUGUCUUUUAGUACUAUACUAACAAUUUUCUUUUUUUAUAUACCAGUAACUGAGGGUGGGAAAAUGGCCAGAUAGGUUUUAUCUCAAAUUAUUUAAGUGUGGCUAGAGAUCUGUGGUAUAAAUUCUAUUGGGUGUUGUUGGAAUGUCUGCUUGCAUGAGGCCUUAUUUCUAUCUUUCACAAAAAAUUCAAGAAUACUCCUUUUAAACAUUUCCUUUUGUAUUUGAAUGAUUGUAAUCUGAUUUUAAUUCAAUAAAUAUGUAACAAAU